AUUUUGGACCAGUUUCCACUUCACGUAAGCAGGCGUCCCUGGUAAGUGUAACGUUGAACUUGAACCUUGAUCAAGCAUUGGUCUUCCCCGCUAUGCCAUAUGUAGCGCUCCGUAUUGGACCAGACUGCGUGGCAAUUGGACCGCCACGUUCGCACCCUUUCGUACCUCCCAACAACACACACGAUCCAUCUUCAAAUUGCUUGAAGUGAUCUUGAUUCAAUGAAAUCACUGCAGUUGAACAACGGGGUAACUAUGCCAUGCAUUGCACUCGGAUCAUGGGUAGGGACUGACCCCAAAGAGUUAGCACGAACGUCUCCUUGGCUGUUGACUGCGCUUGAAGCAGGGUACAGGCAUAUCGACACAGCAGCAUUGUACGGCACCGAGGGCGCUGUCGGUGAAGCCAUUAGGCAAUCUGGUAUACCUAGGAAAGACCUCUACAUCACCACAAAGCUUCCUUUCCAUCACACCAAACGCGUACGUGAGUCCCUAGACAAAAGCCUGAAACGCACCGGACUCGACUACUUUGAUCUGUAUCUCGUUCACUGGCCUCAAGUUGUGGUUUACAAAAAUAAUAACCCCAUCCCAUUGAACGCGGAUGGGUCGAUGAUGCUUGAUGAAACAUCUGAUUUUAAUGAUACCUGGAAGGAGAUGGAAAAAGUUCUUGCCAGCGGUAAAGUCAAAUCGAUUGGCGUCUGCAACUUCUCGAUAAAAACGUUGGAACGGCUUUUAAAGACGGCCAAAGUCACGCCCGCUGUUUUGCAAAUCGAAUUACAUCCAUAUCUGGCUCAGAAUGAGCUUUUGCAGUGGUGCAAGGAUAAAGGUAUAGCGGUUGUCGCCUACGCUGCCACUGGUUAUGCCGUUGUUCGCGAAGAUCCGAUCAUCGUGGCACUGGCAAAAAAGUACAACGUUACUCCAACACAGAUUAUCCUAUCAUGGCACAUCGGACGCGGGACAGGCCUCGUUGUGAAAAGUGAGAAUGUCAGCAGGCAAGAAGAGAAUUUGAAAGUGAUUGAGCUACAUGAAGAGGAUGCAAGACGGGUUGAUGCGUUGGACAAGAAUAGAAGGCUAUGUAUACUGCCUGAUAAGCAGGGAAAGGUGUUUGGGUGGACUUUCGAUCGCUUGGGAUGGCAAGAAAGAGUGCUUCAAACAGAAGCAAAACUUUGAGGUAGAUUUGGAAUUACGCUGGAAUGACUUGUGUUCCAUUUGAGCUGAUAGAUUUCAUUUGUCCCUGCUGUAAGUGCCAUAGUUGUUGUCUCCCGUUGGGUAGGCCCCGCGGACAAUCCCAAAAGCUGGUCCUGUGA